GAAAAGGAAUGGAAACAUAACCAACUGAACAUGAACAUCUUCACUAUGAAAGCUCCGAUUUAAGAUGAGCAGGAUGAUCAAACGUAUCUUGCAGAUCACCUUUAUCUUUUAUUUGAUUGCAACUGUCUACACUGUGUAUGUACUCUUGUUAGCUACAGAUGAGAAGCACACAUCCCAUCAGGACCAGCAGGUUCCUGCCAAGAUUCAACUAAAGGAGCCAAGACCGGGACCUGAUAUAUCAAAUCAUCAUGCACCUGUUAAGGCCAAGAACAGGACCUAUCCAAUUGAAAUCUGGAGCAAAGUAGGCUUAGGCUCAUAUACUUGGGAGCAUAUAUUAAAUGGAAAGCUUGAAUCAAGACUGGAUGGCAUCUGGUACUAUGGCGAACUUCAAGUACAUAACUUUGAGUUCAGAAUGCGUGAUGGUGACGGGGUGCAACCAGACAAGGUCCCGCAGGAUGUGGAGAACGUUUUCCUGAUUUUGAACGGGAGAGCUCCGGACAAAGUGCAAUACACGCGAUACUGGCUCGACCACCUCGGUUCAUACCCACAUCUCAAGCGGGUUGUUCUGAUGCUGAUUGGUAAUGAACAGUGUCAGAACGAUUGGGUGCUUCCAUACAUGAGGAGCAGGGGUGGACCUGUUGAUAUGCUCUUCGUCGUGUACGAUACCCUCAUUGUGAACGGUGAUGACAUCAUGCAGUGGCCUCUGGGUGUAGCAACGUACAGAGGUUUCCCAUUGAUAGAGAUCAAUCAGCUUAAUCUGCGUUCUCCUAGACAGUAUCGAUGUAAUUUCCUUGGAACGAUGUACCCCAACUCAUCCAGAGAAGUACUUUUGAAAGUCAUUAAUGAUAACAACCUUCAAAAGUACUGCUACCUCAAAACAAGACAACGAUGGGAGCCUGAUGAAUCAAAAGCCAGUCUCCAGACGUACAUCAAUGUAGUCCUUCAAAGUGACCUCACCCUGAGUCCCGUAGGUAUGAACGCAGAGUGCUACCGUAUCUACGAGGCGUGCGCUCUAGGCUCCGUGCCCGUCGUAGAAGACGUAACCACCAAGGGGGACUGCAGCCCGAGUCCGUUAAGACUCCUCAAGAAACUCGAAGCACCUUUCAUCUUCAUCAAGGACUGGAGCGAGCUGCCAGGGAUCCUGGAUGCGGAGAUGAAGAUGUCAAUAGAAGAGAUUGUGGAUAGGAGACGAAGACUUGUGGCUUGGUAUGAAACUUUUAAAUACAAGAUGAAAGAUAUUCUAAUGAGGAAAAUAGGAGAGGUCUUUGAAGAAGAUGUGCGCAGGUGAUGUAAUCUAUCAGCUUUACAAGAGUUAAGUCUGAAACAGCCCGGGUCCGUUCAGACUCCUCAAGAAACUUGGAGCACCUUUCAUCUUCAUCAAGGACUGGAGCGAGCUGCCAGGGAUCCUGGAUGCGGAGAUGAAGAUGUCAAUAGAAGAGAUUGUGGAUAGAAGACGAAGACUUGUGGCUUGGUAUGAAACCUUUAAAUACAAGAUGAAAGAUAUUCUCAUGAGGAAAAUAGGAGAGGUCCUUGAAGAAGAUGUGCACAGGUGAUUCAAUCUAUCAUCUUCACAAGAGUGGUGAUUAUUUUUUGACAUUUAGAAGGACAUUAAGUCUUGAAAUUUCACGUGAAGUUAAUGCCAUUCUAAUUCUCUAGAAAAAAUGGCCCAAAUUCAUGAAAGUGGUUCAUCUUAAUAUUAACCCAUAGUUUAAACCUCCAUUGUCAUCAGGCCCAAUGAACGAGCAUUUUUUACGGUUUUGUGAAGCACUUAGUGGACAAAUUGAGUGACAGUGUGAAGAUUGUUGAACUUGUAGUUAUAAUGGUUUCGAGAAAUGACCCCCUGAAGGAGGUUCAGACCUUGGAAUAAAAUACCUCUUUGGUGAAUUUGACCUAAUGUGUCUUUGGCAGAAGAGUACAAGUGAUAUCUUGUUAUUAUUAAGAGAACCAAAUCAUAAUUGUCUUUCGCGACAGUACUUAUUUAAUUGGGACUAGUGCAUAUUUACAGACUUUAAUUUUGCCUUGGUAAUACACAGUGCUGAUAAAGUCACAGAGCGCAAGAAUUUUGUUUGUCUUCAUGUUCGGAUCUCAUCAGUACCUGUGUUUGUUGUACACUUUCUUAACUAUUGGAAUACCUGAUCCAUAUUUCAUAUUACAGCUUGUUUUUUUGACAUUGAGGGUCUGCUAAAUGGCUUUAUUCUCAAGAUCAAAAUCAAUGUUCCCAAUUACCUUUGCAUAUUUUGAAAGCAGGAAUUAUUCCUUAAUGAUUAUUUAUUACAAUAUCUAGUUUGAUACAAAAGUACUACAAUUGACUAGACUUAGGGAUAAUUUUACUUGUGCUACUUUGAGUUAUGCAGAGUAUGUAUGAAUCUUGUGCAAAUUGAAAGGGUAAAUUACAAGUUGUCAUUUUUUGAGGUAUUGAUUAAUGUAACUGUUUUCUUAUUGAUGUACAGGAAUAAAUCUGGAAUCCUAGAAAAGUACUGUA